UCCAAAGAUGAGAAGCAUUGAAUUAAGUCAAUCCCCUUCUAACUUAUGGGUUGUGGUGACAAUUACCUUCUCCUCCAUUUCUCCUCCCUUAUCAUAUGUUAUCACCUUCACCACUAUUCCUCUUAUAAUUCCCUCGCCUCCUCCUCUUCUCUCACUUCUCAAACCCCUUCUCACCACCAACCUAAACACAUACUAUGUUAUAACCAGUUCUAACUUAGCACAUCUUAAGCAGUAGUAGUAGUAGUAGUAGUAGUAAACAAUUUAUCUCCUCUUCAACUGAUCCGAGUUUCAUGGAUUAUUCUUGUUAUUCUUUCUCGCUUCUCCUCCUCUUCUUAUUUGGAUCAGGGUCCGUGAGUUGCACCACGUUCACGUUCGUGAACCGGUGCGGCGACACGGUGUGGCCGGGCAUGCUAUCAAACUCUGGGAGGUCGCCGCUCGAGACCACCGGGUUCGCCCUCCCCGCCGGCGGGUCCCGCUCGCUUCUCGCCCCGACCGGCUGGUCCGGCCGCUUCUGGGGGCGGACCGGGUGCUCCUUCGACCCGGCCGGGCGCGGCUCGUGCUCGACGGGGGACUGCGGCUCCGGCCAGGUCGAGUGCAACGGCGCGGGCGCCGACCCUCCGGUGACGCUCAUCGAAUUCACGCUUGCAGAAGGCUCCGACGGAAAAGACUUCUACGACGUGAGCCUGGUGGACGGCUACAACCUGCCGGUGGUGGUGGAGGCGACCACCACCGCCAUCAAUACAGCCUCCACCACCGCCGACACUGACACCGUCGGGUGUGCGGCGACGGGGUGCGCAGCCGACCUGAACCAGCGGUGCCCGGCUGAGCUGAAGGUGGGGGACGGGGAGGCGUGCCGGAGCGCGUGCGAGGCGUUCGGGACGCCCGAGUACUGCUGCAGCGGCGAGUUCGGCAGCCCGGACACCUGCCGGCCGUCAGUGUACUCGCAGAUGUUCAAGUCGGCGUGCCCGCGGUCGUACAGCUACGCCUACGACGACGCCACCUCUACCUUCACCUGCGCUACAGCCGCCGCCGCCGACUACGUCAUCACCUUCUGCCCUGACUCCACAGUCAGCCAAAAAUCAACAAAAAGUAGUUCACCAUCAAAACCAUCAGAAGCAGUGUUUGAUGAUGAUUCAUGGAUCGCAAGUUUGGCCACAGGGGGAGUAAGCGCAGCUACGAGGAGAAGAACAUUCUCAAUAGUGGAAGCUUCAUUAACCAUUGCAGCUAUUAUUUGUUUCCUACUCCAUUAAUUUACUUCUUAAUUUUCUUGGGGGGAAAGUUUGUUUGUAGUUUGCAUUAGAUAACUCUGUUUAAUAUAUAAAUAUAGUAACUUAGUGCACAAAGGUGCUAUAUUUGUGGUAAAAGUUUAUGGACUUCAAUCAUUUCAGCGCAAAAUUUGAAGGUUUAA